CAAUCGCCGCUGAGCAAGAGGGCGGUGCUUAGACGGGUGGGUAGCAACAGUUGCCCCGGUGAGGACGAGGCGCCAGAGUCACGGUAGUCGUGGCGACAAGAACCCAGCAACGAGAAUCAACAACAACAAUUUGAACCAUUAAGAAAAUAAAACUCCACGCCAAACUAAGAUCAUCCGGCGGGAAGCGAAAGGGUGAUUUGGGCUUUUGUCGUCAUGGCAACUUCAGGCUACCCCGCUGAGGGGCUUCCGCCCUCCCAAUCACAAGGGGGCAACGUCACGACGGCCUCGUCGACCUCGUCGACCCAGCAGAAAGCCACUUCCACCACCACCUCGUCCCAGUUCCUCUCCGACAUCCAGAGCUCGCCGGGAUCCGCUCCUGCGCAGACGGCCUCUAUCAUAAGAGCGCAGGCCACGCCCCCUGUCACUCAAAAGAAACCUGUUCUGACCACGCCCCCUCAAGGAGUCGUGACAGCAGCGCAGUAUGUGGCAGGAGAGAUACAAAGCUCCGCCUCCCAGUACAUAGUGGUGACUGUCACCGAGGGCUCACUUCACUCCAAUGACUCUGAAUCGAAUUCUCCUCCCGCGGGACAGACUGGCGUUCCCACACAGGUAGUGCAACAGGUGCAGACAGCACAGAGGUCCGUGGUUCAGGCCACAACCAAGAGUCAAAGUGGACAACUGGGGGUCAGUAAUCUACACAUCACACCUGAGGUUCCUGUACAGCAUGUUUACCCGAGCCAGUUUGUGGAGGGAGACGCCAACUACAACAAUACUGCAAUUCGUUCCAGUAGUUACCAGUUCACAGACCCCUCCCUCUACUCCCAGGCCACGCCCUCUGUCACUUACUAUGAGACCUCGCCCACCACCGGCUCACAGGUCACGUCCCCCGCCAGCACUCAGCCUGUGUCUGUGACGUCCGGGAUGGGCACAGGGGUGGUCUCCAUGUUCUCAGAGGGCAGUUCGGGGAUCACCGUGGUGGCUGGCGGGUCCUCGUCAGGAGUGGGCGGGUCAGGGGGCGUGGUCACCAGCGGAGGGGCGGGGGGUUAUGUGAUUCAGGGCGGGUACAUGUUUGGUGGAGCCGGUGGAGGGAACCAAAAUUUCUCACACAACACACGCGCAUCACCCGCGACUGUGCAGUGGCUGAUGGAUAACUACGAGACAGCUGAAGGUGUGAGUCUUCCUCGCUGUACCCUCUACUGUCAUUACCUCCUGCACUGCCAGCAGACCAAGCUGGAACCCGUGAACGCCGCCUCCUUUGGCAAACUCAUCCGCUCCGUGUUCAUGGGCCUCAGGACCAGACGUCUCGGCACCAGAGGGAACUCUAAGUACCAUUACUAUGGCCUUCGAAUCAAGAGCAACUCCCCCCUGCACAGACUGGUGGAGGACCAGCAACACCUGGCCAUGAGACAACAGCCGUACUCACAGAAACAGAGGAUAAAGCCUGUGCAUAAGCUGGAGGGACUGACCAAUGGAAUGGGCCUGGGGGUGGGGCAUCUACAAGGGGCGGGGCUAUCCGACAUCAGCGCCCAGGUUCACCAGUAUCAGCAGUUUUUAGAUGCGUCUCGCAGUCUGCCGGAGUUCCCUGAGCUCAAAGAUGAGGGUAAACCUCUGCCAGAUGGACUCCAUCCUCAACACGUACACACAUAUCAGCUGAUCUACAGAGAGCACUGUGAGGCGAUUCUGGACGUGAUGGUAAACCUGCAGUUCCCUCUUGUGGAGACGCUUUGGAAGAGUUUCUGGAGGUUCAGUGAAGGACAAAGCAGCGACACGGAUACACUCGACCUUCAUGAUGAAUCAGAGAAGCGUUUGCCCAAGUUGGUUCUGGUUCUGUUGUGUAAAUAUGAGCCCGUCCUCAACUGGGCUCGCGAAUGCGACAAUUUACUGUACCAAAACCUAGUGGAGAUCCUCAUCCCUGAUGUCCUGAGACCAAUCCCCAGUGCCUUAACUCAAGCCAUCCGUAACUUUGCUAAGAGUCUGGAGAACUGGCUGAGCAACGCCAUGAUCAACAUCCCGGAGGAGAUGGUCCGCAUCAAGAUUGUGUGUGCGGGAGCGUUCGCUCAGACUCUGCGGCGCUACACAUCUCUCAAUCAUCUGGCUCAGGCGGCCCGCGCCGUCCUGCAGAACACGGCUCAGAUCGCACAGAUGCUCAGCGACCUCAACCGCGUCGACUUCACCAAUGUACAGGAGCAGGCCUCGUGGGUGUGUGGCUGUGAAGACGGUGUGAUCCAGCGGUUGGAGCAGGACUUUAAAAUCACCCUGCAGCAGCAGAACUCUCUGGAGCAGUGGGCUGCAUGGCUGGAUGGGGUCGUCUCGCAGGUCCUGAAGCCGUACACCGGCAGCCCGGCCUUCCCCAAAGUGGCCAAACUCUUCCUGCUCAAAUGGAGCUUCUACAGUUCUGUGGUGAUCAGAGAUCUGACCCUGCGCAGUGCCGCCAGUUUCGGCUCGUUUCAUCUGAUCAGACUGCUGUAUGACGAGUACAUGUAUUACCUGAUCGAGCACAGAGUCGCACAGGCCAAAGGAGAGACGCCCAUCUCUGUCAUGGGAGAGGUACACAAGCACACACAUACACACACACACUCUGUCAAACAGUCAUACAGUGGUUUAACUUUGUUUGUUGUUUUACUAAUGUAA